AGUAUUUGAAAACUGAAAACUCAUUUUUCCGCCAAUUCUUCAUUUCCUUACAGGUUGAUCGUCGGACAGGGAAGGUAAGACUGUUACUCUGUAAGAGGAUGGAGGCGAAGAGUCCACCGUCGUGCCCCAAAACUGUGACUGUUCGCCGGAACCCCCAUCGGCGGGCUCGAGAUACUCCGUUGACGAAUGUACCGGUGCCUUUUCCGAAACCAACUUCAAAAAAUGAUAUCUCUUCUUUUCCAAUUGAGGAGAUUCUCUCUAUUGAAGUUAAAGCCAAUCCAGAGGCUGAGCCAGUAUCAGCUGAAGAACCGGUUUCGGAUAGUCUCAAAGUUUAUCUGAGAAUCCGGCCGGUUGUUGUUCAGAGCUAUGCUGCGAAGAAGGCAAAAAUUGGAGCUGAAAAUUUACAGGUGAAGAAUGCUUGGCCUAGAAACCCUAGAGCGAAGAGCGCUGUAGAGAAAAAGGUAAAAAAGAGCAGCGAAACUUGCAUAACGGUGAAUGAUUCACAUUCCAUUACGCUCCAACCGCCGGCGAAGUUGCAAAACAGCAGGCGGAUUAAAUCCGAGGUUUACGAAGGCUUUUCAGACGUCUUCUCUCCAGAGGCAUCUCAGAAGGAAGUGUAUGAGAAAAUGGUGAAUCCUUUGGUUAAUGACUUUAUCCGGGGAAGAAGUACGAUGUUGGCUGCUUUAGGCCCAAGUGGGUCUGGAAAGACACAUACAAUCUUUGGAUCUGGGAAGGACCCAGGUAUGGUGACGCUGGCACUUCGAAAACUGUUCUCAGAAGAAGAUGCUGCAAAAACUGAAUCGUCAAGGUAUUUCUACCUUUCGAUGUUUGAGAUUUGUACUGAGAAAGGAAAGUCUGAAAAGAUAUUUGAUUUAGCCCAAGAUAGGACCGAUUUAUGCUCACAGCAGACAUCUAUUAAAGGCCUGCAAGAGACCAGAAUUUAUGACAUACAGCAGGCUGAAUCCAUAAUAGCCAGCGGAUUGUUAAGACGUUCCACAGCCACAACUAACUCAAAUAGUCAGUCUAGUCGCUCUCAAUGCAUAAUAAACAUUCGCUGUGGUCAUAAGAAGAUCGAUGAGGAAGUUGGUGAAAGUUCAAAUAGCUCUGUCUUGACAAUAGUUGACCUUGCUGGGGCUGAAAGAGAAAAAAAGACAGGAAAUCAGGGGGCUAGAUUGCUUGAAAGCAAUUUUAUCAACAACACUUCAAUGGUAUUUGGACAGUGUUUGAGGUCAUUACUGGAACAUCAGAAGAACCCCAAAAAACCAAUGCAGAAACAUUUCCAAAAUUCCAUGUUGACAAGAUAUUUACGAGAUUAUUUGGAGGGCAAGAAGCGGAUGGCAUUGCUUUUAACUGCUAGGCCUGAGGGAGAAGACUAUCUUGACAAUUCUUUUCUGCUAAGGCAGGCUUCACCGUAUACAAAAAUAAAGUUUGACUGCAUUGAAGAACCAAUAAAUUUGAAUUGCAAUAAAAGGCCUAGUCAAACAAUGCCUAUGUCAGAGCAACUCAAAAGAAUGAAGAUUGGUGACAUUGAAGCUUGCAGUUCUGGUGGAAUAAAGACGGAGAAGGGUUCUUCACUUUUAAAAGAAGAGCUCACUGCUGGAGGGGUUGAUGAUGUCAAAAAAAGAGAUAGAGAAUAUCAGGUUUUACAGGGAUUUUCAAAAGGGCUAUGGAAUGUCUUGAAAGAAUACAAGAAGAAACUUGAGGUUGCUGAAAAUGAAAUCCACUGCCUUAGAGAGGAACUGAAGGACUUCAAAAGCCAGCAUUCUUCUCAAAUCAUGCUUUCAGCUAAGGUGCCCUCCACUGAAGAUCAUCAGUCAACUGAAACAGAAGAGGUGAAUUCAGAACUUUCUUCUUGUCAGCUAACAUCAUCAAAUCAGACUGGAAGUAAGGAGUUAUGUGAUCAUAUUGUUACCAGCUCUAGAUCAUGCACUGGUGAGGCAUUAUAUGAGGAAAAUUGCUGUCAGGAUUAUAAUGAGAAAUUUGUGCUUAAAAAAUCCUUUGAGGAUACAGCCGGUGUUGAAGAUCUGAAGUUACAAGAUGUUGAUGCAGAAUAUACUUACUCCAACUGUGAAACACCUGGUAUUUUGAUGGAUUCAUGCCUGUGCCAGUAUCUGGAUGAUGAAAAAUCUGAGGAAAGGACUGAUUCAACUCCCGUGAAGUCCACAACCGAAUCUUGUCUAUUGCCUAAUUAUGGCAAGUCUCAACUGCAGAAUGAAGUGGUAAAGGAUGGUGAAAAUGAAACCUGCACCUUACUAGAGGAAUUUAAGGAUUUAAAGAGUGAACACUUCUCUCAAAUCAUAGCAUCAUCUGAGGUGUCCUCCACUGAGGAUCAUUGUUCUGUUGACCUUGAGGAGCAGUACAGAAAAUCUCCUGAAGAUCCAAACUUAGAAGAUGUGGAAGUGGAAGAUACUCCUUUGGAAUGGAAAGCACCCACGAUUUCAGCCAAUUCAAGCCAGUGCAGUGAUCAGGAAGAUGAAAACACCAAGGAAAGUUCAGAUUCAACCAUUGUGGAGGUUGAGGCCAACUCUGCACUACCACCUAAUGUCAUCGGAUUCCAACCACAGUGUGAAGAGGAAAAGAAACACUUGCAAGCACCAAUGCCAGAAUCUGAAGAUGUUGGAACAUGCAAUCGUAGAUGUGACGACAGCAAUGCAACAGAAGCUGUAUUGAAGCACACUUCCUACAACAAUUCCAGACAGGCAGAAAAACCCAAAAGGAGACUCCUACCAGCUUCAUCCAUCCUACUAAAAGAUAUUAACAACAUAGACUUCGUGGAUGAGAAUGAGAAGGCAAAGGGUACCAGAGGAGAAAAGAAAGCAGCAGCAGUGAAUGUCAAGAAUAGAAGUGAAGGGAACUUAUCUCUUCUUCGUUUGCUAAUGAAUCAACCACGUUAGCUGGUUUUGGCACCCAAUGAUGUAAAAUUCAUGUUGAUAUCAAAUUGCAUAAUUGACGAAACAUCCACAAUAGAGAUUUUGGUUUAGUUUUUGAGGGAGUUUUUGCUUAAGUAGAGGAGGGAGAAUGUUUUGGGUUCUCAUGUAAGCACUUAGUUUUUCAUAAGAGGCACACAACAAGUGCCCGAAAACCUUUUAUUACUAUUUUUUU